AUGACAUACGCAAGAGAGAUACAUACCUUUCAUUCGGGCAAAACACAGCCUAAAUUAUCCUCUUCUUCUCUCAAAUUCACAUCUAUUGACCCCAGCACGGGAGAAUCGCUUGCCACCAUUUACAUCACCACCUCCGAGCAACUCGACCAUGCCAUUUCUUCUGCCCAGAAUGCCUUCAAACAGUGGUCGCGAACACCAGCCAAAGAGCGAGCUGCUGUCUUGCUCCGCGCUGCAGCGAUUCUGCGAGAGCGAAACGACGAUUUAGCUCUUGUGGAAACCCUUGACACUGGUAAAGCAUGGUCAGAAACAUCCACCGUCGACAUUGUCACUGGUGUUGAAGUUCUGGAGUACUAUGCACACUUCAUCACUGAUGGCAUCGGUGGGCAGCACAUCAAGCUGCGACCCGACGCAUACGUCUCUGUUACAUAUGAACCUAUCGGCGUGUGCGCUGGAAUUGGCGCCUGGAACUAUCCUAUUCAGAUCGCGCUAUGGAAAUCAGCACCCUGUCUCGCCGCGGGAAACUGUAUGGUAUACAAGCCAAGCGAGGUGACGCCUCUUCAUGCCAAUAUCCUCGCCCAGAUAUACGUCGAGGCUGGUCUACCACCUGGAGUCUUUAACGUCGUGUAUGGCGACGGACCUACUACUGGUGCACCAUUAGUCGCCCACCCUGGCAUCGCCAAAGUCAGCUUUACGGGCCAGGUCAGUACUGGCAGUAAAGUUGCCAGCCAGGCAGCGAGAGAUCUCAAGGGUAUUACAAUGGAACUUGGCGGGAAGAGUCCACUUCUGAUUAUGCCAGAUGCAGAUGUGGAAGAAGCUUCUGAUAUCGCCAUGAUGGCCAACUUCUUUUCCACGGGGCAAGUUUGCACAAACGGUACACGUGUAUUCGCCCCUGAUGUGCUCCUUGGCCAAGUUGAACAAGCUUUAGUGAAGCGAUGUCGUGAAGGGGUCCGGAUGGGGUUGCCGAAGGAACAUGAUACUAAUUUCGGACCUGUUGUGUCUGCUACGCAACAAGACAAGAUCAAUUCCUAUAUUCAACAUGGCCGUGAGCAAGACAAGGCAAAGGUAUUAUACGAUGGCAGCAUCGAUUUACGCUUUCCAACCAAAGAAGGCUUCUGGGUAGCUCCUGUCAUCUUUACCGGUUGCACUGAUGAUAUGCGUAUCUGUCGAGAGGAGAUAUUUGGCCCCGUCAUGUGCCUUCUCCCUUAUAGCACCGAGGGUUCGGAAGAGGAGUGGCUGUCUAAGCUGAUAGAGCGUGCAAAUGAUACUGAGUUUGGCCUUGCAGCCGGUGUUGUUGCGUCAGACAUUGGACUCGCUCAAAGAGUUAUCCAACAAUUAGAUGCUGGGAUAACCUGGAUCAAUACAUGGGGUGAAAGCCCAGCAGAAAUGCCCGUCGGUGGUUGGAAGAUGAGCGGCAUAGGGUUGGAGAAUGGUCAUGAGGGCAUACAGGCUUACCUCCGGACAAAAAGCACAUUGGUGCAGUGUACUAAAGGAGCUUGCGGAGGUGUCUUCAAUGCAUUGUAA